ACACGCUCUACUAUUAUGGAGAUGUAUGAUGAGUUUGAGGCUGCUACCGAGUGGGUGGAAAGGAACCUAGACUUUUCUCAGAAUGCCGAAAUCUCCGUCUUUGAAGUGAACAUCCGUUUUGUUGGAGGCUUGCUGUCCGCCUAUUAUCUCUCAGGCAAAGAGGUGUUCAGGAGAAAAGCUGUUGAACUAGGAGAGAAGCUGUUGCCGGCUUUUAAGACCCCGACUGGCAUCCCUUGGGCUCUUCUCAACCUAAAGAGUGGGAUCGGCAGAAACUGGCCAUGGGCGUCAGGAGGAAGCAGUAUUCUCGCCGAAUACGGGACGCUGCAUUUGGAGUUCAUGCAUCUCAGCGAGCUUUCCGGGCGACCAGAUUUUGCAGAGAAGGUAAUGAACAUCAGAAAGGUGCUGAAUCGACUGGACAAACCUCAAGGGUUGUACCCAAAUUACCUGAACCCUAACAGUGGACAGUGGGGCCAGCAUCACGUCUCGGUUGGAGGCUUGGGGGACAGUUUCUACGAGUACCUGCUGAAGGCCUGGCUGAUGUCAGACAAAACUGAUGAGGAGGGAAAGAAGCUUUACUACGAUGCCCUGCAGGCGAUUGAGAAGAAUUUGAUCCGUAAGUCAAGCGGAGGGUUGACGUAUAUCGCUGAAUGGAAAGGUGGACUCCUGGAACAUAAGAUGGGUCACCUGACCUGCUUCGCCGGUGGUAUGAUCGCUUUAGGGGCGGACGGAGGCCCUGAUGAUAAGACGGGUCAUCAGAUGGAACUGGCGGCUGAGAUCGCCCGCACGUGUCAUGAGUCUUACGCCCGAACAAGUAUGAAGCUGGGUCCUGAGGCCUUCCGUUUCGACGGCGGAGUUGAAGCCAUCGCCACGCGGCAAAACGAGAAGUACUUCAUCCUGAGGCCGGAGGUCAUCGAGACGUACAUGUACAUGUGGAGGUUCACCCACGACCCCAAAUACAGACAGUGGGGCUGGGAGGCGGUGCAGGCUCUGGAGAAGUACUGCAGGGUGGAAGGGGGUUACAGUGGAGUGAGAGACGUCUACGCUAACACUCCCAACCAUGAUGACGUGCAGCAGAGCUUCUACCUGGCCGAAACACUCAAGUAUCUGUAUCUUUUGUUCUCCGACGAUGACCAUUUGCCCUUCGAACACUGGGUGUUCAACACGGAGGCCCAUCCUCUUCCCGUCAUUAAGAAACAGAAUGUAGAAAUAGCAAACCAUCUCAAGUAAUCUUCAUCCAACCCCAAAGCGCCACCGAGACGUCAUUUUCUGGACCUGCUUUAACAGUGGACAAGAGCUAUGGACACAAAACCCCUGUGGCUGGCGAGUUCCUGUCCUUUGGGAAUUGUCUGGAAUUUCAUGUGUUUCUCCACAGCCGUCUCGCCUCUUCCGUCUCUUCUCGGGAUUCUGCAUGCUGCCCCGUUCCCUCUCUCUGUCCUUGACACUAUGGACACGUCUCUGAGCCUCAGAGACACAGAAGGACGAUAUUUCCUCUGUGAGGAGACCAGACCAGUUCGUUUUCCAUCGUACUUGCCCUCUCACACGUUAUAAAGCCAUAGGUAAUUCAAAUUUCAUCUGCAUCCUUGUGUUUUUUGCAUCAUGUGUGUUUACAGGAGCGGAGAUGAGAGACAUCCACUGAACUUCGCUGUUUCUUGCUGUCUGUUUUUUUCGGGAUGAGGUUUGGUUUGGUUUGGUGUUUUGAGGCUUUAUUCGACAGCAAGGUAGUGAAACCAAGUCCACUAGUGCCUUUUAGUCUUACUGAUCAUUUUAGUCAAGUUGUAAUAGCAACACUCGAUUUAUUUUCGCUGUGACCGAAGGUAUCUUCCUACAGGCCUACAGCCCUCUUACCCUCGUGAUGGAUGUAGGAAUCAGUCGUUUAUCGUUCAUUCCUCUACAUUUGUAAGCUUACUUUGUUUGAUAAAAUGUGUACAAAAUGUGUUUUGAUUGUUUACUUAAUCAACGGAGGCAGAGACUUUUAUCCUAGACAUGUAAAAUAGAGUACUUUGUGUUAAUUUAUUACUCAAGACAUAGGGUUUUUGUCAUUUUUCAGUGUGAAGAGCAGGGAAACUAUGGAGCCCAUAAAGGAGACAUGAUAACAGGAAGAAAUAUGAUGAAAGGGAAAAAUUAAAUUUCAAUGCUUUCGCAUUCCCUUGCAAAACUAAUGCUUUUUCCCUAGAAACUUAGUGUUCAAAGUUUCGCGAGCAAGGAACGUUUCUCGGUAAUGCAAAAAAAAGUUUGAGUGAAGGCAAAAGUUUUGCAAGGUGGGCAACAGUUUCUUUGUGGAAUGCAGAAGUUGUGCAUGUGCAAACAGAAGUUUUAUGAGUUGAUGCAAAAGUUCCUCUGUGGAAUUCUGAAGUUUUUGUAAACGAAAGCAAAAGUUUUUCUGCCGAAUGCAGGUUUGCAAUCAAACUCAAAAAAUUCCCUAGUGAAUGCGAAAGUUUCUCUGUGGUAUGCAGAACUUUUUGUGAGCGAAUGCAGAAGUUUUGCGAACAGGCACAAAAGUUAACAGGCGAACACAAAACUUUUGCAAGCAAACACAUUUUUCCGGGGGAAUACAAAGUUUUGUGAAUUAACGAAGGUUUUGCUAAGUUUCUUAAAGUAACAAACAUAUUUGUGAGUGAACCCAAAAGUUUCUUGAGAGAAUGCAAAGAUUUUGUGAGAACACAUAAGCACUGAAAUAUAUAUUUUUUUUUCUCCCAUGUAAUCGCCAUGUCCCUUUAUGAGCUCUGUAGUAAACCGCGAUGAAGCUGCUUGAAUCCAUUGGAAAAGUGUUUUAUUAGGACAACACGGGCAGCAUCAGUCAAAAAGGGGAAUGAAUAUAGUUGUAUGAAUGUACCACCAAAUGUGAAUUGAACAUACUUUGGCCUAGUUGUUGUGAUUUAUCAUUUUAUCUGUUUGUGCAUUCGUUUGAUUUAUCAUGAAAGCACAAAGUUGUGAAUCUAUAUAAAAAUAUAAAUCAGUAUAUUUGGGUUCUCCAUGAAGAAAAUAAUAGGAAUAUUACUGUAGGACAACGUGACAGCACAAAUGAGGAAUUUCAGUGAAAAAAAGAUGCAAAACAAUGAAAGCAAAUCAGUCCAUGGCACUGGAUACAACACACACACACACACUCACAAAAGAAUCGCAUACACUACAUACCAUAACCACAUUCCAAUUCAUGGAAGAAUAGACCAAUUCCCAUGUUAUUAGUAUGUUUUGGGAAUUUGAGACAUCAAAUUUGAGGUUGGUGGAGUAGGGCUUAUGCUACCGUCUACAUUUAGACAGUGUUCCCAAAACUUCUCAAAACUAAACUACCCUGCUUAACUAGCAUGGUGUGGCGCCUAGGUGAAAAUAAAUACCUCGCAGAGAUUCCUCUCUUGAGGCCAGCGACUGCAACGCUUGACAUGGUAUUUCUCCGCUGUAUGUGUGCUGACGAACAGCGUACUGUCAGAGUUAGGAGUCACAAUAUAUGAAAGUACCAUCAUCUCGAGGGAGGCCCGUCUUAAAACACUGUGACACUGUAGAUAAGACAUCACGCUCACUGUAUUCAUGAUACUGCGAAUCUAAAUGAUGUUUAGCACUGCCGCGGCUUAGCGCGGACUAGCGAUUUGUGCUGUCUCUUUAGUGAAAGUGAUUCCUCAAGCUGUGACUGAGAAUCCUGCAGCGACUCUUAAGUGACGUUCAGGAGCAGAUGUUUCCUCGCAUCUGGUUGCGAUACGCAGAAUAGGAGAUGUGCUUUUCAGAUUAAGAAUUUGUUGUUUAGAUAUUGUGUUGAUGAUCUUGCAUAGAAAAUGCCUUUUUUGUGUGUGUGAUUCUUGUCAUUUAUUCCUUCAUGAGACAACCUCAGAAAUGUAACUGUACAAUAUUGCUGAUAAUCAUUCCAUUGCACAUAGUUUGAUUUCAUUUUUUUCUUUAAUAUAUAUGCAAUUAAUUUUGUGGGAAAGUUUGGUUUUAUUA